UUGCGCGUCUCUUGGUUUCUACUGUCAAUGGCUUUCCGGACCUAUUUUUAUUGAAUGCCUGGACUUUUUAUAUUUUUACACUGAGAAACCCCUCGCAGUAAUGGAUAUCUUAUUGGUUUUGUGGAUAGUACCCACAGUAUGGGCUGUAGAAGAAAUGCUAAUGGAUUCAACAACUGCAACAGCAGAGUUGGGCUGGACAGUCUAUCCAUCAACAGGGUGGGAGGAGGUCAGUGGCUAUGAUGAGAACAUGAACACCAUCCGCACCUACCAGGUGUGCAACGUCUUCGAGACUAACCAGAACAACUGGGUGCGCACCAAGUACAUUAGGCGGCGGGGCGCCCAGCGCAUCCACGUCGAGAUGAAGUUCUCGGUGCGUGACUGCAGCAGCAUCCCCAAUGUGCCGGGCUCCUGCAAAGAGACUUUCAACCUCUACUACUAUGAGUCCGACACGGACUCGGUCAGCAAGUCGUCACCUGCCUGGAUGGAGAACCCGUGGAUCAAGGUGGACACUAUUGCGGCAGAUGAGAGCUUCUCCCAGGUGGAUCUGGGGGGCCGAGUGAUGAAGAUCAAUACGGAGGUGAGGAGUUUUGGGCCCGUCUCGCGCAAUGGCUUCUACCUGGCCUUCCAGGACUAUGGGGGCUGUAUGUCUCUGAUCGCCGUCAAGGUCUUCUACCGCAAAUGUCCCCGGGUCAUCCAGAACGGGGCCAUCUUCCAAGAGACUCUUUCUGGUGCCGAGAGCACCUCCCUGGUGACAGCGCGGGGGACCUGUGUGCCCAACGCAGAGGAAGUGGAUGUUCCCAUCAAGCUCUACUGCAAUGGUGAUGGCGAGUGGAUGGUGCCCAUCGGGAAGUGCAUGUGCAAGGCUGGGCAUGAGGCUGUGGAGAACGGCACAGUGUGCAAAGCUUGUCCGUCAGGUUCCUUCAAGCCGGCCCAGGGAGAUGACUCCUGCAUGCAGUGUCCUAUCAAUAGCCGCACCACAUCUGAAGGAGCCGUCAGCUGUGUCUGUCGCAGUGGCCACUACCGUACCGAAACGGAUCCCUUGGAAAUGCCCUGCACAACCAUUCCUUCGGCGCCGCAGAACGUCAUCUCCAGCGUGAACGAGACCUCUCUGAUGCUGGAGUGGAGUCCCCCGCGGGAGGCCGGGGGCCGCGAGGACGUGGUCUACAACAUCAUCUGCAAGAGCUGCGGGGCAGGCCGGGGGGCUUGCACCCGCUGCGGCGACAACGUGCAGUUCGUGCCCCGGCAGCUGGGCCUCACCGAGCCGCGCGUCUACAUCAGCGACCUCCUGGCCCACACCCAGUACACUUUCGAGAUCCAGGCUGUGAACGGCGUGUCCGACCAGAGCCCGUACUCUCCACAGUUCUCCGCGGUCAACAUCACCACCAACCAGGCCGCUCCAUCUGCGGUGUCCAUCAUGCACCAGGUCAGUCGGACAGUGGAUAGCAUCACGCUGUCAUGGUCGCAACCGGACCAGCCCAAUGGGGUCAUUCUGGACUAUGAACUUCAGUACUAUGAAAAGGACCAGAGUGAGUAUAACUCCUCGACAGUGAGAAGUCAGACGAACACAGCAGUCAUCCGUGGGCUCAAACCGGGGACGAUCUACGUAUUCCAAGUACGGGCACGGACAGUGGCAGGCUUUGGACGGUACAGUGGCAAGAUGUACUUCCAGACCAUGACUGAAGAGGAGUACAAGACAAGCCUUCAAGAGAAGCUGCCCCUCAUCAUCGGUUCGGCUGCAGCCGGACUGGUCUUCCUUAUCGCCGUUGUAGUCAUCAUCAUUGUCUGCAAUCGGAGGGGCUUUGAAAGGGCAGAUUCUGAGUAUACGGACAAACUGCAGCACUACACCAGUGGCCACAUGACUCCAGGAAUGAAGAUCUAUAUCGAUCCGUUUACAUAUGAGGAUCCCAAUGAGGCAGUGAGGGAGUUUGCCAAGGAAAUUGACAUCUCCUGUGUGAAGAUUGAGCAGGUGAUCGGAGCAGGUGAGUUCGGAGAGGUGUGCAGUGGGAACCUCAAACUCCCGGGCAAGCGGGAGAUCUUAGUGGCCAUCAAGACCCUCAAAUCCGGAUACACAGAGAAACAGCGACGGGAUUUCCUAAGUGAGGCCAGCAUCAUGGGCCAAUUCGACCAUCCCAAUGUCAUCCACCUGGAGGGGGUGGUGACCAAGAGCAGCCCAGUGAUGAUCAUCACUGAGUUCAUGGAGAACGGCUCCCUGGACUCCUUCCUGCGGCAAAAUGAUGGCCAGUUCACAGUGAUCCAGCUGGUUGGAAUGCUACGUGGCAUCGCGGCUGGGAUGAAGUAUCUCUCUGACAUGAACUAUGUGCACCGAGACCUUGCUGCCCGUAACAUCCUGGUCAACAGCAACCUGGUGUGCAAGGUGUCCGACUUUGGGCUGUCCCGCUUCCUGGAGGAUGAUACUUCAGACCCGACCUAUACCAGCGCCCUGGGAGGGAAGAUCCCCAUCCGAUGGACAGCUCCUGAAGCGAUCCAGUACAGGAAGUUCACAUCCGCAAGCGACGUCUGGAGCUAUGGCAUAGUCAUGUGGGAGGUGAUGUCCUACGGAGAGCGACCUUACUGGGACAUGACCAACCAGGAUGUCAUCAAUGCCAUUGAGCAGGACUACCGGUUGCCACCCCCCAUGGACUGUCCCAGCGCCCUGCACCAACUCAUGCUGGACUGCUGGCAGAAGGACCGCAACAACCGGCCCAAGUUCGGACAGAUUGUCAACACACUGGACAAGAUGAUCCGGAAUCCCAACAGCCUGAAGGCCAUGACCCCUCUGUCGUCAGGUGUUCAUCUCCCCUUGCUGGACCGCAGUGUCCCUGACUUCUCCAGUUUCAACACUGUGGAUGAGUGGCUAGAUGCUAUCAAAAUGGGCCAGUACAAAGAAAACUUUGCCAAUGCUGAAUUCACAAGCUUUGAUGUGGUCUCCCAGAUGACUAUGGAUGAUAUUCUGCGAGUGGGCGUGACGCUAGCAGGCCACCAGAAGAAGAUUCUCAAUAGUGUGCAGAUGAUGCGAGCCCAGAUGAACCAAAUCCAGUCUGUGGAAGUUUGACCUUAAGAACAGGGGGAGCCGGACCCUGAGCCUGGUCUUCCUGUGACACUGUCUUUCAAACGUCCCCCUGUCCUCCAACCCCUUCCCCAUCCUCUCCUUCUUCCCUUUCCUCAAGCCUUUGUUCUGCCCUAAAAGAAGACUUUGCCCAGCCCGAUCUCCUUGACAACCAGCACAGAACACUAGGAAGACAGUAGGCCGACUGUCAAAGCCAAGUCUUUCACGGUGAACUUAAGCAGAUCGAGUCAUUAGUUUUUAUUUCUCUUUUUUUGGGUUUUGUUUUGUUUGUUUCUUUGU